GGGAGAGUAAAGUUAGGAAUGGCGGGAGGAAAACAGGCGGGUUAGGGAUCCCGUUAAGAUGUGGAGGUGAGGCCACGGGGUGUCCAGUGCGGCCGGAGUGAUGGGGUGGUCGCAGGCCCAGCGCGAUGUCCCCUCGCGGCCUCCGUCGCCCCCUCUGCCGUUUGGGCGAUCCAGGAAGUCGACGAUCCCGGAAGUCGGGCCGCGGCGGCCGCGCAGGCGCAGUGGCGGCGGCAACAUGGCGUCCAGGCCCAAGCGGCGCGCGCUGGGCGAGGAGGCUCCGCGCACGCCCGGCGCCCCGGCCCCGCGCCGCGACGAGCUCGAGGACGCCGAGGCCGAGGACGACGAGGGCGACAGCGACCGAGAGGACGACAGCGGCGAGGAGGACGACAGCGACGAGGACGACGAGGCCGUGGGCGAGGAAGUGAACGUUGAAUUUGAAGCCUACGCCAUCUCAGACGUCGAUUAUGACGGGAUCAAGAAGUUGCUCCAGCAGCUGUUCCUCAAGGCCCCCGUGAACACGGCCCAGCUCACCGAGCUCCUGGUCCAGCAGAGCCACGUGGGCAGCGUGAUCAAGCAGACAGAGGUCUCGGACGACAGCGACGGGGAAGGGGACGAGGAGGAGAUCUUCGGCUUCAUCAGUCUGUUCAACCUCACCGAAAGGAAGGACACCCAGUGCGCGGAGCAGAUCAAGGAGCUGCUGCUCGGGGCUUGCCGGCAGCACGGCGAGGAGGGCACAGCCCGGCAGCUGGAGCGGCUCCUCCGCGACACGGCGCGGCCCGUGGGCCUCCUGCUGAGCGAGCGCUUCCUGAACGUGCCGCCGCAGGUGGCCCUGCCCAUGCACCAGCAGCUGCAGAAAGAGCUCGCCGAGGCGCAGAGGACUAACAAGCCGUGCGGGAAGUGCCACUUCUACCUCCUCAUCAGCAAGACGUUCGUGGGCGCCGGGAAGGACGGCGCCGGGAAGGACGGCGCCGGGCAGAGGCCGGGUGGCCCCGACAAGGAGCUCAGGUUCGCCAACGCCGAGGAAGAGUUUUUCUAUGAGAAGGCGCUCCUGAAGUUCAGCUUCCCGGUGCAGGACGGCGACACGUGUCUGGGAGGCCGCUGGGCCUUCGGCGACGCGCCCCUGAAGCCCCUGCGGACCGUGAUGGUGGUGCCGGGCGACAGCAUGGGGGAGAUCAUGGGCGCGCUGCAGGAGCACCUGGCCGUGUGACCGGGCAGGAGGCCGCCGGAGACAGGAACGGGGCCACGUCCUGAACAGCCUCUGCAGAGGAGGGCGGGUUCGCACCCGUGUCUGUGUCUGCGACAGUGUCUGUGAUGGAAAAACUCGCUAUUCCGUCUUGAUCCAAUCAUGUUUGGUCAGGGCCUUCCGAGGAGGGAAAAACCACGUACUAACUUAAAGAACACAAUAAAAAGUCUAUUUUAUUUUUAAA